AUGAGGAGGAGGAAAAAUAUCUAUCUAUCUAUCUAUCUAUCUAUCUAUCUAUCUAUCUAUCUAUCUAUCUAUCUAUCUAUCUCAACUUGUCCAUAUCUUGUCCAUAUGUAUGUAUGUAUGUAUGUAUCUAUCUAUCUAUCUAUCUAUCUAUCUAUCUAUCUAUCUAUCUAUCUAUCUAUCUAUCUCAGCUUGUUCAUAUGUAUGUAUGUAUGUAUGUAUGUAUGUAUCUAUCUAUCUAUCUAUCUAUCUAUCUCUCUCAGCUUGUCAUAUGGACAAUGUAUGUAUGUAUGUAUGUAUGUAUCUAUCUAUCUAUCUCAGCUUGUUCAUAUGUAUCUAUCUAUCUAUCUAUCUAUCUAUCUAUCUAUCUAUCUAUCUAUCUAUCUAUCUCAGCUUGUCCAUAUGCAUCUAUCUAUCUAUCUAUCUAUCUAUCUAUCUAUCUAUCUAUCUAUCUAUCUAUCUAUCUCAGCCUGUCCAUAUCUAUCUAUCUAUCUAUCUAUCUAUCUAUCUAUCUAUCUAUCUAUCUAUCUACACACAAAAAACACACACACCCAGGAUAUUUCUGGUAGAUAUAUUUUAGACUAUCUAUCUAUCUAUCUAUCUAUCUAUCUAUCUAUCUAUCUAUCUAUCUCAGUUUGCUCAUAUGUACGUAUCUAUCUAUCUAUCUAUCUAUCUAUCUAUUUAUCUAUCUAUCUAUCUAUGUUUUCAUUUCUCUUUAGGUUCAUAUCUAUCUAUCUAUCUAUCUAUCUAUCUAUCUAUCUAUCUCAUUUCUUCACAUCUGUCUCAGUUUGUUCAUAUCUAUCUAUCUAUCUAUCUAUCUAUCUCUGUUCAUAUCUCAUUUGUUCACAUUUAUCUCUGUUCAAAUCUAUCUAUCUAUCUCAUUUGUUCACAUCUGUCUCAGUUUGUUCAUAUGUAUGUAUGUAUGUAUGUAUGUAUGUAUGUAUGUAUGUAUGUAUCUAUCUAUGUAUCUAUCUAUCUCUGUUCAUAUUUAUCUCUGUUCUAAUCUAUCUAUCUCAUUUGUUCACAUCUGUCUCAGUUUUUUCAUAUGUAUGUAUCUAUCUAUGUAUCUAUGUAUCUAUCUAUCUCUGUUCAUACUAUCUCUGUUCAUACUAUUUCUGUACAAAUCUAUCUAUCUAUCUAUCUAUCUAUCUCAUUUGUUCACAUUUGUCUCAGUUUGUUUAUAUCUAUCUAUCUAUCUAUCUAUCUAUCUAUCUAUCUAUCUCUGUUCAUAUCUAUCUCUGUUUAAAUCUAUCUAUCUAUCUAUCUAUCUAUCUAUCUAUCUUCAUAUCUGUUACUAUAUCUAUCUAUCUAUCUAUCUAUCUAUGCUCUUCCGAAUUUAAAUCUCUCUCGAACUGUUAUCUAUCUAUCUAUCUAUCUAUCUAUCUAUCUAUCUAUCUAUCUAUCUAUCGCGGCGAACAUAUAUCUCAGCUACGUUCUUGCUUUCUUUUUACGUGUCUUUUCGUUGAAAUUUGCCGCUAUUUAUCUUGGUCUAUUCAUAGGCAUCUCUAUCUAUCUAUCUAUCUAUCUAUCUAUCUAUCUAUCUAUCUUUUAUAUCUAUGUUUAUAUCUAUGUCUGUUCAUUAUGUCUGUUCAUUAUCUAUCUAUCUAUCUAUCUAUCUAUCUAUCUAUCUAUCUAUCUAUGUUUAUAUCUAUGUUCAUAUCUAUGUCUGUUCAUUAUCUAUCUAUCUAUCUAUCUAUCUAUCUAUCUAUCUAUCUAUCUAUGUUUAUAUCUAUGUUCAUAUCUAUGUCUGUUCAUUAUCUAUCUAUCUAUCUAUCUAUCUAUCUAUCUAUCUAUCUAUCUAUCUAUGUUUAUAUCUAUGUUCAUAUCUAUGUCUGUUCAUUAUCUAUCUAUCUAUCUAUCUAUCUAUCUAUCUAUCUAUCUAUCUAUCUAUCUCAGUCUGUUCCUAUCUAUCUAUCUAUUUAUCUAUCUAUCUAUCUAUCUCAGUCUGUUCCUAUCUAUCUAUCUAUCUAUGUUUAUAUCUAUGUUCAUAUCUAUGUCUGUUCAUUAUCUAUCUAUCUAUCUAUGUUUAUAUCUAUGUUCAUAUCUAUGUCUGUUCAUUAUCUAUCUAUCUAUCUAUCUAUCUAUCUAUCUAUCUAUCUAUCUAUCUAUCUAUCUAUCUAUCUAUCUAUCUAUGUUUAUAUCUAUGUUCAUAUCUAUGUCUGUUCAUUAUCUAUCUAUCUAUCUAUCUAUCUAUCUAUCUAUCUAUCUAUCUAUCUAUAUUUGAUAUCUAUGUCUGUUCAUGAUCUAUCUAUCUAUCUAUCUAUCUAUCUAUCUAUCUAUCUAUCUAUCUAUCUAUCUAUGUUUAUAUCUAUGUUCAUAUCUAUGUAUGUUCAUGAUCUAUCUAUCUAUCUAUCUAUCUAUCUAUCUAUCUAUCUAUCUAUCUAUCUAUCUAUCUAUCUAUGCAUGGAGAGUCACGACCGUCUUACUUUCUGA